CCCAAGGCUCGUGCAGGUGAGCGUGAGGAAGUAGGGGGCGAGGGAAGACGAGCUGCAUUGAUCGGCCUUGCUGCUGCCCUCUUCACCACGGCGGCUGCCACCUCCUCGGCGAAUGCCGGCGUCAUUGAUGAGUACCUCGAGAGAAGCAAAGCUAACAAGGAGCUGAAUGACAAAAAGAGGUUGGCAACCAGCGGAGCAAAUUUCGCACGAGCAUACACAGUAGAAUUUGGCACAUGCAAGUUCCCUGAGAACUUCACUGGCUGUCAAGAUCUGGCUAAGCAAAAGAAAGUACCUUUCAUCACUGAUGAUCUGGAGAUCGAGUGCGAAGGCAAGGACAAGUACAAGUGUGGAUCUAACGUCUUCUGGAAAUGGACCAAGUAGAACAGCUUGUAGUUCUCAUUGCAGUGUGUACCCAAUUACUUUCUAUGAACAGCAUUUAUGUUCCGUCAAUCUUUUUCAACUCUGAUAGAUGAUGAUAUCAUGAUAACACCCAAUUCGGCAA